AACAGACAAGUCGUCCGGAACCCCCACACUCCAUAACAAGCACCACUGACAGCAAACCGAGCGUGGAACAAGGACAGCAAUGGCUCAGACACUAUUUAUCCUUGUUGGCCUUCUGCUGGCCUUUGGCUUUUCACAAGCCAAACUUAAUGUUAUAGCUGAUACCGAACCGGUGAUUGUAAAGCCAGGAGAAAAGGUACAGCUAAAAUGUAUCCUACAAAUUGAUGCAAAGCAGCUGCAGGUGAAGGAUUUCAUGAUUCAGUGGUUCACCAAGGGGAAGCAAGUGGCAGAGUUUGAUACAAAAAUCACCAUUGAUAAACCAGGCCUGUCACUAUCCGAGGAAGCUCUGAAGAAGGGAGACGGCACACUGACUAUUGCUUCGGCCACAGUGGAAGAUAGUGGAAACUAUCGCUGCUACCUGACAUAUAAAUCAGAUCUCAGCAUCAAAUCCUUAGUUCUGAAGGUUGAUGAUCCCAACAAACCGAAAGAAGACGAGAGCUUUGAGUUUUCUGACACCGCUCUGACCAAAAAGGUCGAUAAAGUCAUCGACUGGUUUGGGAAGUUUGAUGCGAAGAUAGAUGAAUUGCUGAAGGAAACAAAGAAAUGUCAUCCACAAGGAAAAGCCACCCCGGCAAAAUAAAGGGAAAUCGUGUGUGUCGAGGCGUUUCUCGGCGUCCGUCUCUGCUUCCUAUCUCUGCUUCCAAUUUACUAAAAGCCAAAACAAUAUUCACUAAACCGUGCGUUGGCAGACAGAUUGCAGGUUUAAGACAAAAAUAGCACAAUUGGAGAAAAAAAAAAACCCAUCAAAUUUUUAUUUUAUUUUUUAUA